AGGCCUAAGUGUCCGAACGGAGGGCUUGGAGGAGGGGACAGGAAGGGAUACGGCUCUGUCCUGUGAGAUCAGACAGUCUACAGCAAGAAUCCAGACUGGCGGGACUAAACAGAAACAGCAGGAGCAGUGAUCUGAUCACCCAGAGAGAUGUGGACUAUGCUUUACCUUCUUCUGAGCUCUUUUAAUGAUUCCAGGGAGGGAGCAGCGAGGAUGCAGAUGAUGAUGAAGUGCCUGCUUAGAUGUGUGAGUCCUGGCUCGUGCUGACCUGAUGGCUGAGGUUAAAGACACGGUGCAGGAGGAUCCAAAUCUGGGCUCCGGCCCAGAUGAGGAUGCCUCUGAGUUGUCGGUUUCUGAGAAUGAUUCAGAUUCUGGGAGUGUGCUGUCAGAUGACUCUGUUCUCCCGGACUAUGAACGGGAAGAUGCCAGUGGAGGCUCUGCCAACACCUUGUACCAAGCCUGUGCCAAGAACAAUGCAGCAGCCCUCCGCAGAAUUCUGGAAAGGGGUGUUACAAGAGAUGAAGUCAUGGAACUAGACAUAAAUGGCAGGAAUGGUUUGAUGGUGGCAGUAUCAAAAGGCUUUGUGGAUCUCGUGUAUGGACUCAAUCAGUGCCCAUUUCUGGAUAUCAAUCAUCAGGAUAAUGAUGGCAACACUGCACUCAUGAUCGCUGCACAGGCUGGUUUCGUAAUCAUCCUCACCUACAUCCUAAAUUACUUCAGUGGUGUGGACAUGGAGCUCCGGGAUUCCCGAGGCUUCACCGCACUCCUCAAGGCAGUGAUCCAGGGCAGCAAUGACUGCAUGGCUUCACUGCUCAUGGCUGGAGCUGACAUAAAUGUUGUGGAUGCCGCGAGGGGGAAGGAUAUACGAGAAUGGGCUCUGAAGACAGGUCGCUUUGAGACAUUAAACAGAAUUAGACGGCUGAACAGCAGGCCUCAGGCCGAACAAUUCUGUGAAAAAUAUGUCCCACAGUGGCCAGAUCUGAAGGAGCUAGUGACCAAGGCCACAGCCACAAAAAGCACAGGACAGAAAGUCGCCCAUCGUCUGAAGUCUACUUUCACCUUUAGUUUUCCACAUGACCCCCAGGACAAUGGCAUCAUGGACCACAUGGUGCGCAUCACCACAAGCAUCCACAGUCCCUUGGUGGUCAGCGGAUGCCGUCCUCUGUGUCCAUCAAGCCCGCCGGAGAUUGGAAAGAGACGCUUGGCCGUGCCUGAACUGAUGCAGAUGCACCCUGGGGAAAAGCUUGAGGAACAUGUGACGCGGCACAGCAAUGGCUCCAUCUCUGUGGCGUCUACUUCUGCCUCUUCUGUGUCGCUUGGCUCAUGCUGCUCUGACUCGGAGCGGAGAGGCAGCGUACUCUCCAUGGCCUCCAAUGGAGCCCGUAAAUUUGUCCCGCGCAGCAUGGCCCGUCGCAAUAGCGUGUUCCCCACCGGCUGCGUCCCCCAAAUCAAAGUGACCAAGUCUGGAGAGCCAACGCCCAAGAAGGAGAAGAAGAAAAAGCUAACCAAAGGUUAUUUAGAGCCACCGAUAUGGAAGUAUAAGGAGGCUAAAGAGGAGAAGAAAAAAGAGAAGAAAAGGGAAAAAGCAGAACAAGAGAAAAUGAAUAAAGGAACCAAUAAAAAAGCUAAAAAAUGAAUACUGCCAACAUCAUUCUAGACCUUUAUCGUUUUCAUUAGUUAAAGGGCAAUGGGUCAAGUUUGUAUGGAUGGAUAUUGUUUUCACAGUUGUUUUAAAAGAAUGGAUAGCAGAACAAGGCAGUUUAAAGACAUUUAUUCAUUUAUAUAUCCUAAAAACAAUUAUUACCUCUCCAACAACCAGUAGGCCUAUACAUACAUCUAUUUUGAACAUUUUUCAUUUAUGAUGUUUCAGGUCUUCUCCUUUAACCCCAUACUUCUUAAUGUGUUUGCGAUAGCAACAUUAUUGAUUGUAAUGGAUAAUUUUACAAAAGACUUUUGAGCUACAGGGUCACAUGAUCAUUCAGAAAUCAUACUAAUAUGCUGAUUUGGUUCACAACAGAACCUUUCUUAUUAUUAUCAAUAUUGAAAA